AAGUUUCAUUCAGUACUGAGCAGAAAGAUAACAGACACGGAUCUCUUGAUUUAUUGUCAAUCUUUGUAGCGCUUAGUACUAACAGCAUAUUACCAACUCAAAACGGCUUAGAGAUACACGGCUUUAGAAGAAACUUUACCUAUAGCUGGUUAAUUUCUUCAUUUGGAUUGAAUCACAGAGACUAUAAUGGAUCUGAUGUGGCUUUUAUACAUAGCAGCGAGUACUAUCUGCGCUUUGCUCGCCUCUGCUGAGAGACACACUGUUUUCUGGAAUAGUACCAACCCUAAGUUCCAGCAGGGCAGCUAUGCGGUUGAGGUACGCCUGAACGACUACCUGGACAUCGUUUGCCCUCACUACCCACUGGGUGAAGUGCCAUCACAGGACGCCGAGCGCUAUGUUCUCUAUAUGGUGGAUCGUGAAGACUAUGACUCCUGCCGCCCACAAUCCUACGACCAGAUGCGCUGGGAAUGCGGCCACCCUUUCGCCCCACACGCACCCGAGAAGUUCUCGGAGAAGUUCCAGCGUUUCACGCCAUUCACUCUGGGAAAAGAGUUCCGACAGGGCGAGAGCUACUACUACAUCUCCAAACCACUGCACCACCACGGACAGGAGUGUCUGAGACUCCGAGUGGACGUAGUUGCCAAUGAUGGUUCUCAAGAAGCCAGGGUCAGCACAGGAGGCGGAACCAAGGGGGGCACAGGGGGAGGAGCUCACACACCAUCUAAUCGGUUACCAGCAGAUGAUCCUGUUGUGGCUCUUCCUGAAGUACAGAAAAGCAUGCGGACAAACUCCGCCAUUUCAAUAGCAUCCUGGACUGUUCUCACAACUCUACUCCCCAUUUUAUUAUUGCUGGUCUUACAGUGAGAUGAACAUUGGACUAAAUUACAAAAGAUUAUAAUGACGGCAGCCUGUGUUGAUGGAAGCACACAGGGGUAGCUCUUUACAUCCCAGUGCUGGCCAUUGGGAGACGCGUACAGGAAGUGGAGCUCUCUCACACCGCUGGUGCUGGUGGAGAAGCGAAACUUGAAUGAAGAGGGCUUUGAACUUUUGGACACUUCUACAGAAACAAAACAAGACGUCAGUAUUUUUCUGGAAAUAAUGUUCAUGCAAAGGGAUUUUUUUUCCUUUCCAUUUUUUGUUCCUCAUAUUAACGCCGGACUACACAAAACCUGGAUAAGAACAAACUGAAACAGUAAUGAAGAAUUUGAAAUAGCACGUACUUCAAAUAUGGACAACCUCUUUGUUCAAGUUUCAUAAUGAGGGGACGCAAGCCAAGAAUGAGCCAAAGACCACAAAGUUUCUCACGAAGGAGCAGAGCGAUCAAACCUUUUAUUGUUUUCUCCUGUUUUGUUGAUCCACAGAAAUAAUUGUGUUUCGUAUUAAUUUAUGUAGCAUCAGCUCAGUGGGUUUUAUUCUCACGAUUUUCUCAUGAUUUUACAAGACUGUGUGCUGUACCUGGAUUUAAACCUGGUAAUGCAGCACAGAACACACACAAACCCUGUUCCACUGAAAUGGUGCUGGCUAUUGUGAUGGGACAUCUGAGGAAUUUAACAGAGUAUGUCAGAUUGAGCGCCGGCACCCUGUCAGCGGAAAACGGGGGCAUCCGAUACUGUUUACCAAACCCACUGACACACUUCCAUUCACAAAUGCUGUUGUUUUUGUACAUUCAUUGUUUAAAGAGUUUGUAAAUUAUUAGGUAUGCUGCAGAACAAAUGACUGUAUAUAGUGACCAAAAAUGUUUACUGUGUGAUAGGGAGAGAGAGGGAGAGAGAGAGAGAGAGAGAGAGAGAGAGAGAGAGAAUGAGACGUGAGAGAGGAGAGACUCGUUGGAUUCAUGUGUAUGUAGAUGAAAGACAGGAAGAAAUGCUGGCAAAAAAGGAAAUGUUGAUAUGUCCAGAAACACACACUGCCUCUCAAAUGUGUGUUUGUGUUAACAGAGGAGAUGUGAUGCCAAGCACAAUCAAUGAGAAGCGCGCACACACACACAUCAACAAGUGGACAACUGGAAGGCAACAGAAGGGUUUUAACACAGAAAACAACCUAUGUAAAGUAAUUCAACUGAUUUGUAUCGGUAAUUGGAAAAUACUAAAUAAUGCAAAAUAUUGAUAUUAAUGAUAUAUAUUAUUAACCCAAAUUAUAUGGGUUAUGGGAUAUAUGGGGUUGCCCAUGUCCAAUAAAAAACAAUAUGAAAUUAAAAAUUAAAAAAAAAGCAAAACACAAAUUAAUGCUAGAAAAUGAGACACUUAAAAUCAUUAAAUUGCAAUAUUUAUACACAGUAUAUAAUGCAAUUUAAUAAUAGCAAAUGAUUUAUUUAUAACAUUUAUUUUUACCUAUUAUUUAAUUACAGUUCUCAAAAUAAGCCACUGUUAUUGUCUUAUGAAUCUCAAAAUGGCCCAAAUAUCUGCUGAUUAAUUUACCUGCCUGAUAUAUCAGUCUGUUACUACAAUGUAAGUCUGCAAUUUUGUUUUUAAUCUACCUAUACUACACUACCAGGAAACUGUUUGUGUGGGGAAACUGGACCGGGUUUACAAUUUGAGAAGGACACAAGUUUCUAACACUAAUCCACUAAAGCACUAU